AUGGGGAAUCAGAACUACAAGCCGUUGAACUUCUUUGCGUUCAACUUUGCUGGAUUUGCGUGCAUUGCGUUAGUGGUGUUCCUUUCGUCUACGCAGCCGUUCUUCUUAGACCUGGUGGUACGGGCAGAUGAUAAAAAAAUUGGCAGUAUUAUAGGGACGUUGGGGUUUAUUGAUGAAUUGGCAUCGGUCGUGACAGCGCCGUUGAUAGGGACGUUCUGUGACAAGGUGAAUAAUAUGGUGUAUUCUUCUAGGAUGAAGAUGGUCGGAGGGACGAGGGCCAUCGAAUUUGCGGGAUUCGGGUUGAUUGGGGUGAGUUUGAUAGGAUACGCCAAAUUGGGAACUAGCGUGGACUGGUUGUAUUUAUGGAGGCCUAUUUUUGCAGUUGGAGUCACAGGAUGCAUGAGCAUGGUGACGGUGAUGUUGAACGAGUUAUCGAACUCCGACUUUAGAUUGGCGUUCUGGAAGAAGCAGAACGAAGUAGUGGAACAUGAGUUUGAAGAAAGAGAGACGCUAGAGCCUGACGGGUCGCAUGCCGUAGAGGAGACUCCUAUGUGGGAGGAAGGGAAUAAGAAACAUGGAAGGUAUGCUGCUUGUAUUGGAAUAUCGACCGGUUUGGGGGCUAUUUUUGCGGUGUCUUUCUUCCUCCCAAUGCCAGCCAAACUUUCGGAUUCACUUUCCAUCCCCAUCAAAGAGGGCCUCCAGAAGUCUUAUUUGAUUCUAGGAUGCUUAUCAUUUAUCGUGGGGGGCAUUUUAUUAGUGUCACUUUAUGAUUCGACGAGACAUAACAGUACAAUGCCACACGUAAAUAAAACUGGCUAUUUUAGGUUACUUUAUGAAGGGGUUCUUGCGUCUAAGGGCAACAUUCGAAUUCAAUUGGCGUACUUGGGGUCAUUUGUGGCCCGGUCAACGACUGUAGUCAUGGCUGUAUUUAUUCCAUUAUUAGUGUACAAUUUCUACUACAAGAGUGGAUUGUGUGGUUCCGAUGGGGAUGGUCUUCCUUCCAAACAAAGUUGUCGUGAUGGAUACGUGUUUGCAGCAAUAUUGACUGGUGUUUCCCAAACAGUAGCUUUAUGCUCAGCUCCAUUAUGGGCAUGGAUCAUAGACCAUCGACUGAUCGGAAGCACCAAGUCAUUAUUCAUCUCUUCAUGUCUAGGGAUCAUAGGCUGCUUUGGGUUGUGUAUUUUGGGUUCCAAAUCCGAUAUCUACGAUCCCAGAACUGCUGGUUCAUUCAUAGUUGUGGGUUUCAUAGGCUUAUCACAAACAGGGGUUAUAAUUACGAGUAUGAGCUUCAUCAGUAGCUUAAAGAAAUCUUCGGAUUCGGCUGAUACAAUCGGUAGCAUAAGUGGUUUAUACAGUUUAUGUGGUGGACUAGGCAUUUUGAUCAUUACAAAAGUCGGAGGUUUAUGGAGUGACCACUGGAUUUUGGGUCCGUUCUUUGUUCUAGGCUUGUUCAAUCUUGUAUUGACCAUAGUAUCCGCUAUUGGCUUGUAA